GAUUCUGCACCACCGUCCGGCGCUGCCCUUUGAUUCGGAUUUCCAUCUUGCAUUCUCCGGCGGACCGCGGGACCCGGCUCGUGCAGAGGAGGGGGGCCGAUCGCUAUGGAGUAUUUCAUGGUGCCCACUCAGAAGGUGCCCUCUUUGCAACAUUUCAGGAAAACAGAGAAAGAAGUGAUAGGAGGGCUCUGUAGUCUGGCCAACAUUCCACUGACCCCUGAGACUCAGCGGGACCAGGAGCGGCGGAUUCGGAGGGAGAUUGCCAACAGCAACGAGCGGAGGCGCAUGCAGAGCAUCAAUGCAGGCUUCCAGUCCCUCAAGACCCUCAUCCCCCACACAGAUGGAGAGAAGCUCAGCAAGGCAGCCAUUCUCCAGCAGACGGCGGAGUACAUCUUCUCCUUGGAGCAGGAGAAGACCAGGCUUCUGCAGCAGAACACACAGCUCAAGCGCUUCAUCCAGGAGCUGAGCGGCUCGUCCCCCAAGCGGCGGCGGGCAGAGGACAAGGACGAGGGCAUCGGCUCACCAGACAUCUGGGAGGAUGAAAAGGCGGAAGAUCUACGGCGGGAGAUGAUUGAGCUGCGGCAGCAGCUGGACAAGGAGCGCUCGGUGCGCAUGAUGCUGGAGGAGCAGGUUCGCUCGUUGGAGGCCCACAUGUACCCUGAGAAGCUCAAGGUGAUUGCACAGCAGGUGCAGCUGCAGCAGCAGCAAGAGCAGGUGCGACUGCUGCACCAGGAGAAGCUGGAGCGGGAGCAGCACCUGCGGACCCAGCUCCUGCCCCCUCCGGCCCCCACCCACCACCCCACGGUGAUCGUGCCAGCACCGCCACCCCCUCCCUCCCACCACAUCAACGUCGUCACCAUGGGCCCCUCCUCGGUCAUCAACUCUGUUUCCACGUCCCGGCAAAAUCUGGACACCAUCGUGCAGGCGAUCCAGCACAUCGAGGGCACCCAGGAAAGGCAGGAGCAGGAGGAGGAGCAGCGGCGAGCUGUAAUUGUGAAGCCAGUCCGGAGCUGCCCGGAGGCCCAGGCCUCUGACACUGCCUCCGAUUCGGAGGCCUCGGACAGCGACACCAUGGACCAGAGCCGGGAGGAGCCGGCUGGGACUGGGGGGCUUCCCUGACCACCCCCCAGCCCUCCUCUCCCUUCUUGGGGUUAGAGGGGGCCGGGGCAGCAACAGGAAUACACGCGGGCCAGCGAGUGAGGAAUUUUUACAAAAUUACAAUGUCAUUUGGGUCUCUUUUAUGACCUCUUUUUCAAUACUGUAAGUCAACCUUUGAGUGAAGGCCACCCAACCUGAGGUACUGGGGGCUGGGUGGUGGGUGUUGUGGGAGCACCGGGACACCUGGGGCUGGGCCUCACCCGGGGGGGCUGGGGAAGCUGACACUUGAGGUGCCUGGCCUCUCUCUGCCAAAAAGCAUUUUUUUUUUUUUCAUUAAACAUGUUUUUAAGAACAGGGAAAAUCAAAACCCCAACGUAUUUCUGCCCUCCCCAGAGCCAGCUCUGUGACCAUGUUUCUAACUCCCCCUUCCCUCCUCUUUUUGGUUUUCUUCUUUCUCUAAGCACUUAAUGGGUUGGGGGUCUGGCUGGGUUAGGACUCUCUGGGGGUCUGGGGUGGAAGUUGCUUCUCCGUUGGGGUUUGCUGCUGCCCUUUUGCCCUGCCCUUCCAUCCCUGCCCCACCUCAGCACUAGGAUUUGCCACUCUCCACCACCAGCCGGCCUCCACCUCUCCCUCCAGGUUUCCCAUUUUUAACCCCCAGAAAUGUCUUUGUCUCUCUGUUCUGUUUGUUGGGUUUUUCUUUUUCCCCCCUUUGUUUGUUUUUUGUUUUUCUUUAUUUUUUUGUUUUUUUUUAUAACAAUUUCGAGGUCUUUGUGUUCAAGGAGAGCUAUUAUAUUUUGUUAAGAAAGUGUGUGUGGGGGGAACCAAGAGGCCACCAUGCCUUUAUAAAGAAAAAAUAAAGUUUGUACUUUGUU